AUGGACAAGGCAGAAGAGAAGCUGGAAGAGGCGUUGCAGCUCAACCAUCCUGGACAUCACCAUGGUGGACUGAUGACUGCUGGAGACGAUGCGGAAGACCCGAGGCAAAGUAACAUCGGCAUCAGCCGCGACUCGGAUUACACACUCGUUGGCACAGACUGUGAGAAGGUGGCGCUGUCGAAAGAAGCGGUAGAGAGACGAACGCCGUCUGUGAGAAGUUCUCUGGAUCGCGACAGACUGGGCGUCAACGUAUCAGGCGCACAGAAGCACUUUGCAGAACUCCAACGCGAGCUCAGUCAUACUUCUCGACUGGAGAGACAACAAAGUCGUAGGAGUGAGAAGCGUCAGACGAAUGAUGUCGAAAAGGCUGGAUCAUCUGGAGCGAGCGAAGAUGACGAGCCCUUUAACCUCGAAGAGACGCUGCGAGGGAAUAAGCAGAUGGAAGAGGAUGCCGGUAUCAAAGGCAAGCAAAUAGGCGUGAUCUGGGACAAUCUGACUGUCCGAGGUAUUGGCGGAUCAAAAAUAUUCGUCCCAACGUUUCCACAUGCGUUCACAGGUUUCUUCUUUGCGCCGUUCAACCUGAUAGCAGACGUGUUGAAGGUCGGCAAGAAGGGCAAGCAAGUCGACAUUCUGAAGGGGUUCAAAGGUCUUGCAAGACCUGGCGAGAUGGUGUUAGUGCUUGGGAAGCCUGGCUCUGGCUGUACCACCUUUCUGAAAGUGAUCGCGAAUCAGCGUUUUGGUUAUACCGCUGUCAACGGCGAGGUUUCCUAUGGCCCGUUCACCAGCAACGAGUUCGAGAAGCGCUAUCGUGGCGAGGCGGUCUACUGCCAAGAAGAUGACAUCCAUCAUCCGACACUAACUGUCGGCCAGACCCUAGGCUUUGCACUCGAAACGAAAGUACCUGGCAAGCGACCUGGGGGUAUCAGCGUAGCUGAAUUCAGGGACAAAGUGGUCGAUAUGUUGCUGCGCAUGUUCAACAUCGAGCAUACGAAGGAUACAAUCGUUGGCAACCCCUACGUUCGAGGUAUCUCAGGAGGGGAGCGCAAGCGUGUCUCCAUUGCCGAGAUGAUGAUUGCAGGUGCUGCAGUAUGUUCGCACGACAACAGCACGAGAGGUCUGGACGCAUCAACUGCAGUAGACUAUGCGAAGUCUUUACGGAUCAUCACCAACAUCUACCGCACAACGACAUUCGUAUCGCUCUAUCAGGCCUCAGAGAACAUUUACAAGCAAUUCGAUAAGGUCAUGGUUAUCGAUGAUGGACGACAAGUCUUCUUCGGGCCCGCGCAAGAAGCGAGAGCAUACUUCGAAAGUCUCGGCUUUUUACCCAAGCCCAGACAGACCACGCCAGACUACCUAACAGGUUGUACCGACCGUUUCGAGCGAGAAUAUCAGGACGGUCGCAACGAGACGAAUGCGCCAUCUUCGCCCGACGGCCUCGCAGAAGCUUUCGAGAAGUCUAGCUACGCUGCGAAGCUCGAAGACGAGAUGACAUCCUACCGAGCAGAGGUGCGGUCCGAACAAGAAAUCUUUGACGAUUUCCGCACGGCGGUGAUUCAGGGCAAGCGUCAUGCUGGCAAGAAAUCCGUCUACUCCAUCCCGUUCUACUUGCAGAUCUGGGCCUUGAUGAAACGUCAAUUCAUCCUCAAAUGGCAGGAUCGCUUCUCACUGGUUGUAUCGUAUGCCACGUCCAUCAUCAUCGCCAUCGUCACGGGCACCGUCUGGCUCCAGCAACCCCAGACUUCGGCUGGUGCCUUUACACGAGGUGGUAUCUUGUUCAUCUCACUGCUCUUCAACUGCUUUCAAGCUUUUGCAGAAUUGGCCUCGACCAUGGUAGGACGACCGAUGCUUAACAAGCAUCGAGCGUACACUUUCAAUCGGCCGUCGGCGUUGUGGAUCGCACAGAUUUUGGUCGAUUUGGCUUUCUCAUCUGUACAGAUUUUGAUCUUCUCAAUCAUUGUGUACUUCAUGUGCGGACUCGUGCUGGAUGCUGGAGCAUUCUUCACCUUUGUGCUGGUCAUCAUCACUGCAUAUCUAGCAAUCACUUUGUUCUUCCGCACGAUCGGGUGCAUGUGUCCGGACUUUGACUCGGCUAUCAAGUUCGCAGCUGUCAUCAUCACGCUUUUCGUCUUGACCUCUGGCUACUUGAUCCAGUACGACUCUGAGCAAGUCUGGCUACGCUGGAUCUUCUACAUCAAUGCUCUGGGUUUGGGCUUUGCCGCUAUGAUGAUCAACGAGUUCAGCAGGAUUGACAUGUCUUGCGUUGGUAGCUCGCUGAUACCCAACGGACCCAGCUACGGUGAUAUCAACCACCAGGUCUGCACCCUGCAGGGCAGUCAAGCUGGCAAUGCGAUCGUGUCUGGCUCCAACUAUGUAGAAACGAGUUUCUCAUACAAUCCUGGUCAGCUCUGGCGGAACUGGGGUAUCAUACUCGGUCUGGUUGUAGCUUUCCUAGUCACCAACGUUGCGCUAGGAGAGUACAUCAAAUGGGGCGCUGGCGGUAAGACAAUUACGUUCUACGCGAAGGAGAACAGCGAGAGGAAGAAGCUCAACGAGGCCUUACAAGCCAAGAAGGCAAAGCGAAGCCGGCACGACAAGGAAGAAUCGAGCUCAGAUCUCAACAUUGCUUCGAAAGCUGUGUUGACCUGGGAGGAUCUGUGCUAUGAUGUGCCUGUACAGUCUGGGCAGCUACGAUUGUUGAACAAUAUCUAUGGCUACGUGAAGCCCGGUGAGCUGACUGCAUUGAUGGGCGCUUCGGGUGCUGGAAAGACUACUUUACUAGACGUGUUGGCAUCACGCAAGAACAUAGGCGUCAUCAGUGGCGACAGACUCAUUGACGGCUUGGCCCCAGGUACUGGCUUCCAGCGAGGUACGAGCUAUGCUGAACAGCUCGAUGUCCAUGAGUCUCAGACCACUGUACGUGAAGCUCUGCGUUUCUCAGCAGACCUUCGACAGCCGUACGAGACACCACAAGCAGAAAAGUACGCUUAUGUGGAGGAGAUUAUAGCAUUAUUAGAGAUGGAGGAUAUUGCCGAUGCCAUUAUCGGAGACCAAGAAGCCGGCCUAGCAGUCGAACAGAGGAAACGAGUCACGAUCGGAGUUGAAUUAGCUGCGAAGCCAGAACUCCUACUCUUCCUUGACGAGCCCACGAGUGGUUUGGACAGCCAAAGCGCUUUCAACAUUGUUCGCUUCCUUCGCAAGUUGGCCGCCGCUGGGCAAGCUAUCCUCUGCACCAUCCAUCAACCUAACGCCUCGCUCUUCGAGAACUUCGAUCGCCUGCUUCUCCUACAGCGGGGCGGCGAGUGCGUCUACUUCGGCGACAUCGGCAAAGACGCGCACGUUCUCCUCUCAUACUUCCGUCAACACGGUGCCGACUGUCCCUCCGAUGCCAAUCCAGCAGAGUGGAUGCUCGACGCCAUCGGUGCAGGCCAAGCCGCACGCAUAGGCGACAGAGACUGGGGUGAGAUCUGGCGCGAGUCAGACGAGCUCGAAGACACGAAACGAAUCAUCCUCCGUAUAAAAGCGGAUCGUCUCGCUGAAGUAGGCUCACUACCUCAAGUUGAGCAGAAGGAAUACGCCACACCCCUCUGGCACCAGAUCAAGCUCGUGCAGAAGAGAGCUCACAAAUCCUUCUGGCGAAGUCCCAACUAUGGCUUCACUCGCCUCUUCAACCACGUCGCCAUUGCCUUACUUACCGGCCUAAUGUUUCUCAACCUAGACAACUCUCGCAACGCCCUGCAAUACCGCGUCUUCGUCAUCUUCCAAGUCACCGUCUUACCGGCCUUGAUCCUGGCGCAGGUCCAGCCGAAAUAUGACCUCAGUCGCCUGAUUUUCUACCGCGAGGCGGCAAGCAAGACGUACAAGCAACUACCGUUUGCGUUGUCCAUGGUUUUGGCCGAAAUGCCGUACUCGUUGCUUUGCGCUGUGGGUUUCUUCAUUACGAUCUAUUAUCCUUCGGGAUUCAACCUUGCUUCCAGCAGAGCAGGCUACUUCUUCCUCAUCGUCUUAGUCACCGAACUCUUCUCCGUCACUCUCGCCCAAACCAUGUCGGCCCUGACACCAAGCACCUUCAUCGCUGUCCUCCUCAACCCCUUCGUCAUCAUCGUCUUCGCCCUUUUCUGCGGCGUCACGAACCCCUACCCCCAAAUCCCCGAAGGCUACCGCAUCUGGCUCUACCAACUCGACCCCUUCACUCGUCUGAUCUCGGGUCUCGUCGUGACAGAGUUACAUGGACUGUCGGUAGUUUGCAAGGAGAAGGAGCUCAACUUUUUCACUUCGCCACCUGGACAGACGUGUGGGGAGUACAUGCGGGCUUUCUUUGAGGCGGGCGGGCCGGGGUAUAUUGUUGAUAAUAUGACUUCGAGCUGUGGGUAUUGUGCUUACAGUGUUGGAGAUCAGUUUUAUGAGCCGCUGAAUAUCAGCUAUGAUAAGAGGUGGAGGGACUUUGGCAUUUUGACGGCAUUCAUUGGGAGCAAUCUGUUUCUCUUGUUUUUGGGAAGUCGAUACCUGAACUUCAACAAGCGGUAG